CGAUAUAUCGUUAGGCCUUCUAUCGGCAGGAAUGAUAAUUCCUCUUUACAGAAUCUCGAAUUUCCACCUGGCAACAAAAGAGGCAAUUCAUCGUAGGUAUCGCGUUAAGUUAGGGGAAUAAAGAUGAGUUGCCUGAGAUUACAAAAGCGGUUGGCAGCCGCUGUAUUAAAAUGUGGCAAAAGAAAAGUAUGGCUGGAUCCUAAUGAAAUGAGUGAAAUUGCUAAUGCUAAUUCUAGACAAAAUGUUCGUAAGUUAAUUAAGGAUGGUCUUAUUAUCCGCAAACCUGUUGCUGUUCAUUCUCGGGCUCGUGUGCGCAAAAAUAAGGAAGCCAGGCGAAAGGGUCGUCACUGUGGUCCUGGAAAAAGGAAGGGUACUGCCAAUGCCCGUAUGCCGAAAAAGGUGGUGUGGAUUCGUCGUAUGAGGGUGUUGCGGAGACUUCUCAAAAAGUAUAGAGAAGCUAAAAAAAUUGACAGACAUUUGUAUCAUGAGUUAUAUAUGAAGGCCAAGGGUAAUGUGUUUAAAAACAAACGUGUACUCAUGGAAUUUAUUCACCGCAAGAAAGCUGAAAAAUCUAGAUCCAAAAUGCUUUUGGAUCAAGCAGAGGCUAGGAGACAAAAGGUGCGUGAAGCUCGUCGCCGUCGUGAAGAAAGACAGCAACAAAAGAAGGCUGAACUGCUUCAAGCUUUCCAGAAGGAAGAGGAAGCAGUAAAGAAAUAGAUUGUACAUCAUUGAUUUAAUAAAUGUCUUCUGUAAUAAA